AUUGUUGGCUGGAACUGUUGGCUGGCUUGCUGUUGGCUAGCUUAUUGUUGGCUGACUCUACUCCGGCCAGAAGUUUGGUAUUGUCUCAAUGCGGAAGUAAGCACGGUAUUGCAUGCUCUGAGCGGUAUACGCUGUGAGCCUAGCCUGUGUGUGACCGUGGUUAAUCAAUGCGCUGACUGAGGAAUUUUUCAAGAAAACUUUUAACUUUAUAAAACCUGUAUCCAUCUGAAAUAAAUGUCAAGAAUGUCAAGCAAGGAUUUAAGGGAACAGUGAUUUUCUGUGUACGUAACAUCCGUCAUGCAUGUGUAGGUCCAUGAUACGACUAACGCCAACCGAUCCGAAGAGCUGCUCUACGAUUAUUACAUUUACAAACUUAUUUCCAGACUUCCGAUCAUAUAAAGAGAGCUUCGUUUUUGGUUGCAUUCAUGGUUUAGCCUUUACUUUUUAGGCAGAGCCAGGGUUACCUCCCACCAUAACUUAAAGCACCAAGUUCAAGUAGACUGAUUUAGGAAUCAGAGUCUAGCAGAACGGUUGUUGUAUGGAAGUUCAGAAGGCUCUUCUUGUCUAGAUCAACCAGACAUUGCUUAUCAACAUGGCUUCCUUGAUGAAAGUAAGAUGGCUGCCCUGCCUAGUGAUCACAUCCCUGAUAUUGAUAGAAGGCAUAGAUGGUAGCAGGGACGGAGAGCUCACAUCAUACUUUAGAGAUGUUUUUCAAGGCGAAUCACUCAGCCAGAUGGUGGUCAGUAAUGCAAGCGGGACAGAGUUUGUAUACGUUGGAGGGGACUCCGUUAUCUACCGGCUCAACACAGAUUUGAAUCAAUUGGGGAGUGCCCCAACCUGUCUUAACUCUGGAUGUGAUACAAAGAUAUUGGAGGUCGCUCCGUCUCCUGUUGAGAAACUUAUUUACUGUGGGGGUUCAGAUGGGAAAUGUGAAUUCAGAGACUUAACCAAUCUUUUAAGGGAUAAUGUGGAUUACUCGCAUAUAUUUGUUAAAGAAGGGAUGUCUGUAGGUGUGGUCACAGAGAAAUCAGGAACAGAGUUGAUAAUGUUUGUUGCCCAAUCACUUCGGGCUGCUACUGAUCCCACUUAUCCGAUUACCCUGACGAAACUGCAAGGUUCUUCAACCCUUGAUUUUUCAGGAGGGAUAUCAAGUAUUGAUUCUAGUGCUACAGUAGAGUAUAUUCAAGGAGUUUCUUGGAUGGAAUACUCCUACUUCAUCGUACAUAGUGGAAGUCAAAACUCCAGACUUGGUAGAAUCUGUGCACAGAAUGAACAAGAUGACCUUGAUGCAUACUCAGAAAUCAUACUAUCAUGCCAGGAUGCCCAGGGAACAUCAUAUGACAGUCUUGAAGCAGUUUAUAUUGAUCUGAUGAAUGAUACUUUGUAUGGUGUCUUCACAGAUGGAACAAGUUCGGCCUUGUGUUCGUAUGCAAUGACUGAUAUUCAGGAGAAGUUUGUCGAUGCAACUUGUGGCUGUGCAAGCUCACAGUCUAAUGAAACAGGUUGUGAUGGAAAAAAAAUAUCAUACUUAUCCAACUCAGAGUGUAACAACAGAGUAAGUACAAACUGUUUCCAUUCCUCAAGUUUUCAUGAUUAGAUGAUCUGUCAGUCUGACAGAUCACCUUUUUGUUCUUUUAUAAAUUUUAUUUUUUCUUUCUUUAUGACAUGUAUAUAUGAUCACCUCUUAUCAGGCGUAGUGGAGAGGUGCAAUUAUCGGCGAUUUUGUUUUAAGUUGACCUCAAAAACGCCUGAAGUUAACGAGAGGGUUUCCUAAAACCUAUGAGAAAGUGUUGCAGUAAAACUGCCAUAAUUUCUGUUGGGAAGAUUGGGGUUAGUCGAAACGCGGGUAAGUUGAAACAUUGUAACUUUCUUUAAUGCCUUUAAAUAGAUUUAUACAAUACUGCCCUCAAUUUAUUGUCAUUAUCAACAGCCAUCCACCAUUUUACAGACAACACAUGUGCAGCGAGCCUGGUGAAGUUAGAAAGGAAUUUUUGUUUUUUCACCUUCUGAGUAAUAUUUUCUCUUUCAGAAAUGUUUUAUUAUCUCAGAGAAGUUUAAAGAUCAAGUUGGCCAGUUUAGGGGUAUAAUUGACACUUGUACCAAGCUACAAAAUGAGGUUAUUGAUAUGCCAUGGUGAAGUACAUGUACCUUUUUUGAGCUGUAAGCUUACAUGUUUAAAUGUCAAAUUAAUAGUCCAGGAAAAAUAAGGUUUGACCGCAAACAAAUUGCAAUCGAAUUUUUUUCAACGCAAUGCAUUUCUAUGAAGUCCCCAAAAUGACAUACUAAAAGUCCAGAAAAAUCCAUUUAGUGGAAAGAUGUCUAAUUUGCAUAAAUACAAAAUGGCGGCUACAGUGAGAAAUUUUCAUGAUUAUUGAUAGUAGUACUAACAUUGUUCUGAUCAUAGCACUUAAAAAAAAUCAUGAUAAAAGCAUUAAACUUUCACCAGUGUUAUAUCUUAACAUAGGCUUAAUUUUGAAAUCAGGAUGCAAGUCAAAUUUAACCUCCGCUGACCUCUAGAGGUCAAUGACCUUAAGGUCAAUGACCUCUAAAUAUCAGAAAAUUGCUGUUUUGCAUCAUCAGUUCAUAAUAAAUAUGGUUAUAAUGAAAAAAAAAUGUUUAAUAAUGACUUUGAAGGUAAUCCUGAUAUUGUAGAGAGAAUUUUGUGCAUUAUAAGUUUUGACCUUUGACCCUGGAGAGCUGGAAAAGGUCAAUGACCUUAACAUUUUAGAAUAUUGAAUUAGCAUAUCUGAUUUAUAAUAAACAGGCUUCUAGUUUAAAAAUUGCAAUACAAUUAAUUUGAGCAUGAUGCAUUUCCAUGAAGUCACUAUGACAUACUAAAAGUCCAGAAAAAUCCAUUUAGUGGAAAGAUGUCUAAUUUGCAUAAAUCUAAAAUGGCGGCUACCGUGAGAAAUUUUCAUGAUUAUUGAUAGUAGUAAAAAUAUUGUUCUGAUCAUAGCACUUUAAAAACUUAUAAUGAAAAAAAAAAACACUUAAAGUAGAAAUAUAUUGAAAAUCAUAAAAGAUGAAGAAUUAUAUAUC